UCAAGUGCCGUGUCUACUCGCUCUUGUCUGCCAGGCAAACCGUUCGUUUGCGAGCUUGUUUUGUUGAUCAAAGAUUGCAGAAGCUAAGAAACGAACUCUAACUGUGCAACGCAUAUAGCAGAAGCGGUUAUUGGGCAACAUUCUGAUAUCGUGUGGCUAGGACAGGAUGCCGGAUCACGACCCAACUUCGGCAGAUGCUGAAUGGAAAAAAAUCCAACAACGAACAUUUACUCGAUGGUGCAACGAACAUUUAAAGGUCGCAAAUAUCGUGAUUUACGAUCUAGAGACAGAUCUGUGCGAUGGAAUAAAACUCAUUGUACUCUUAGAGGUUCUCGCACACAAACGAGUCGGCAAGUACAACAAGAAACCUAACUUUAAAUCACAGAAGCUAGAAAAUGUCGCCAUUGCUCUCAAAUUCAUCGAGAAUGAGAAUAUCAAGCUGGUCAAUAUCGACGCCGGUGACAUCGUGAAAGGAAAUCUUAAACUUAUUCUUGGUUUAAUAUGGACCUUGAUUUUGAAGUACCAGAUCAGUAUGCCUAUGGGCGACUACGAAUUCGACGAUGGCGGCGGAGGGGAUGGCAAAAAGAAAGACAAGGGAAUGACCCCCAAGCAAGCUCUGCUGGCAUGGGUAAAGAGCAAAAUGCCUCCAGAGAUCCCAAUGAAUAAUUUCACAACAGAUUGGAAUGAUGGUAGGGCAAUUGCGGCUUUAGUCGAUGCCGUCGAACCAGGACUCUACCCAGAUGUAGACCCUGAGGAUCUCGACCCUAACGAUGCUGUAAACAACGCGAAGAAAGCGAUAGAAACUGCUGAGAAGUAUCUUGGUGUCCCACCAGUUCUUGACGCAGCUGACAUGUGUAAUCCUAAAGUAGAUGAGAUGAGUAUCAUGACGUACGUCUCCUAUUUCCCGGAUGCCAAAUGCAAAGCUGGCGCCCCUCACCGCCCCCAGCUCCCUGCUUCCGCCAAGUGCUCUGCCGAAGGACCCGGCAUCACACCUGAAGGUCUUGUGGCUAAGCAACCUGCUCCCUUCACCGUUCUCACCGCUGGCGCCGGCAAAGGCUCACCUCAGGUCAAUGUGUUUGGACCAGAACGAAGUAAUAUACCCGUUGAGGUGGUUGAUAAUGGAGAUAAAACAUUCUCAUGCUUGUACUCACCACCUGAACCAGGUAUUUACGAUGUUCAUAUCAAAUGGAAAGGUCGACAUAUUCCUAAAAGUCCCUUCCGUGUCAGAGUGGCCUCUGAUCUGGACUCUAGCAAGUGUUACGCUGAGGGACCUGGUCUGAAGUCAGGCAUUGUUGAACAUCAAUGGACCAAUUUCGUCGUCUAUACCAAAGGUGCUGGACAAGGAAAACUUCAAGUCGACAUAAUCGAUCCUCACCUGAGCAAAGUCGAGAUGAAAAUUGAAGAGAAAGGCGAAGGAGAAUAUCACGUGUUGUAUAAACCUAUGAUUUAUGGAAAGCACACAAUCAAUAUUAAAUUCGGUGGGCAACAUAUCGCUAAAAGUCCGUUCCAUGUCAACGUGGUGUCAUCAAAGAAAGAGGCAAUACCUACCAAAGUAAAAGCGUAUGGACCAGGUUUGGAACCAAAAGGAAUUGUGGCAACAACUGACGCAAUUUUCACUGUCGAUGGUAAAGAUGCUGGUGAUGGCGAGCUAAAAGUCCUUAUCAAGGGACCUAAAGGAGAGGUACCUUGCGAUAUUAAGGACAAUGGUGAUGGUACCUACACUUGUACUUACAAAGCACAAGUGGCUGGUAGACAUACUAUUACCAUUUCGUGGAGUGGUAAAGCAAUACCUAAAAGUCCCUACAGGAUUGAAGUGUCACCAUUCGUUGAUAUCACUAAAAUUAAAGCUUAUGGUCCUGGCCUUGAGAAAGGUGUCGCUGGCCAGCCGUGUAAAUUCACAGUUGAAACAAACGGAGCUGCCGUUGACAGCCUUGGCUUUGCUGUUGAAGGCCCUCAUCAGGCAGAAAUCAAAUGUCGAGAUCUUGGCAAUGGAAAAUGUGAAGUGAUCUAUUAUCCUACAAAACCUGGAGACUAUACAGUACAUAUUACUUGUAACGGCAAAGAUAUUCCUAAAAGUCCCUUCACUGUCCCUAUCACACCUGGAGGAGAUGCUAGUAAGUGUUAUGCUGAAGGUCCUGGACUGGAGCCCGAAGGUCUUGUUGCAGGUGUUCCUGCUAAGUUUACGGUGUUUACGAAAGGAGCUGGAGUUGGCGAAGUUGAGGUGACUGUAAAAGACGAAAAGACUGGACGAAGCAUGCCGGUCGAAAUUCUUGACAACAAAGAUGGAACUACAUCUGUCGUAUAUCAUCCCGACAAACCAGGCAAAUACACCAUUACCGUCUUAUUUAAUGGCAAACCUAUCCCCAAGAGUCCGUUUAAGGUGAACAUUAGCCUGAACAACCCGGGCAAAUGCAAGGCAUUCGGACCAGGGCUCGAGAAGUCGACAGUAGGUCAACCAGCAAACUUCACAAUCGAAACAAAAGACGCUGGUGAUGGAGGAUUGGGUCUGACAAUUGAGGGACCCACAGAGACUAAAAUUGAUUGCAAAGAUAAUGGAGAUGGAUCUUGUAAUGUCACAUAUACUCCUGAAGAACCUGGAGAUCAUUUAAUCAAUAUACUCUUUGCUGACAAGCACAUUCCCGGAAGUCCGUUUACAGCUAAAGCCUCUUAUCCAGUUGAUGCAUCUAAAGUUGUGAUUGGUGGUCCUGGCCUGGAACCUGGUGUGAAGGCAGGCUUGCCUGCAGAUAUUGAUAUCGAUACGACCAAGGCAGGAGAUGCUCCACUCGAAGUCGAAGUUCUUAACCCGCAAAAUAAGAAGGUCAAGGUUGAAGUCGACGAGGAAGAACCUGGAAAAUUUGCUGCAACCUACUAUCCGGACAAGCCAGGCAAACACACAGUGAAUGUGAAGUAUGGAGGAAAGCAUGUUCCUAAGAGUCCCGCAAAGAUUGAAGUAAAACCAAAAGGUGAUGCGAGCAAAUGCAAGCUGAAAGGACCUGGGUUGGAGUCACCUGUGGUAAACGAGCCGACGAACUUUGAUGUGGAUUGCAAAAGAGCAGGCGAAGGAGACCUUGCCCCAACUAUCACAAGUCCAUCGGGAGAAAAAGUCGAACCAAUUGUUAAGGACAAUGGAGAUGGUACAUAUAACGUAGAGUACACGCCGACAGAGGAUGGUCCCCACAAAGUUGAUGUUAAAUACGACGGAGACUCGAUCCCCGGUACCCCUAAGGAAGUCAAUGUGCUGCCAAAAACGGACACAGGAAAAGUUAAAGCAUAUGGCCCUGGACUCGAGGGCGCUCUUACGGGACAAAAAGCUCAGUUUACUGUGGACACCCGCGAAGCAGGUCCUGGUGGUCUGAGCCUUGCAAUCGAAGGACCCUCGGAGGCGAAGCUCGUGUGCAAAGAUAACAAAGACGGGACAUGUUCUGCCACUUACGUCCCAGAAGUGCCAGGAGAGUAUGAUGUGCACGUGAAAUAUGCCGACGAACACGUGCCGGGCAGUCCUUUCAAGGUCAAGGCUGAGAGGCCUGUCGAUGCAAGUAAGGUCAAAUGCUUUGGUCCUGGUGUGGACAAAGCACCGUUGUUCGAAAGCGCUCCCACUCAUUUUACGGUUGAUACGGCUGAAGCUGGCGACGCUCCCCUGGAUGUUGUCAUAGAAACACCAGAUAAAAAGAAGAUCAAGCCAAAUGAGAUAAAAAAGAUUGAUGAUAAUACUUAUGAAGUGGAGUACACACCUCCGAAAGAGGGUCGCUAUGCUGUGGAUGUGAAAUACGGGGACAAGCCAGUGCCUAAUAGUCCUUUCAGAGUCCGAGCCGGUCCACCUUAUGAUGCCAGCAAGGUUAAAGUCAGUGGUCCAGGGGUAGAGAAGACUGGUAUAGUUGCAGAGGAGGUUACCAAGGCUAUAGUGGAUACAACGGAGGCUGGCAUUGCUGAUCUCUCAGCUAUUCUGGAGACGCCUUCAGGAAAGAAGAUUGAGCCAACCAUCACUCCCGUGCCUGAUGAGCCUGGCAAAUACGAGAUCGCGUACGUACCUGAGGAGACUGGUAACAACAAACUGAACGUCAAGUAUGGCAAAGAUCAUGUAAAGGAUAGUCCAUUCCGUGUUAAAGUGGCUCCAAGUGGCGAUGCUAGCAAAGUGAAGGUGAGCGGCGAAGGAAUUGAGAAACCCCGUGUUGGACAAUUGGUCGACAUCCUCUUCGAUACAACUGAGGCUGGCGAAGGAAAACCACGUUGUAAUAUCAAGUCCCCAUCCGGAAAAGACGUCCCAGUUAACAUGAUCGACAACGGCGAUGGUACAUACACAUGUCAAUGGACACCUACAGAAGAAGGUGUACACGACGUCGACGUAACGUAUGGUGGCGAACCUGUCCGAGGUUCACCAUUUAAGGUAAAAGCUGUGAGGCCACCGGUGAUUGAAAAAAUCAAAUCAAAUGUCAUGGAUGAGGUUGAAGCACUAAACCCAUGCGUUGAUCAACCUCUUGAGUUCGGAGUCGAUCCCAGGGAAGCUGAGCCUGAGGGAGGCAAAGGUAAACUCACGUCGUCGAUUGUAACACCAUCAGGGAAAACUGAAUACCCGCAUGUCCGCGCUAACCCAGAUGAUACCUAUGCUGUGACAUAUACACCAAAGGAGCCUGGUAUCUACUCGCUCAGUAUUAUGUAUGAUGAUGAACCAAUCCCUGAAAGUCCGUUCCAAUUUGAAGUUGUCGAGGGGGGCCCAGAGAGAGUUAUCGCUUUUGGAAAAGGUCUUGAACGUGGCAUUGUUGAAGAACCAUGCGAAUUUACAGUUAUCACAAAGGAUGCUGGGCCUGGUGGCCUAUCCCUUGCUGUUGAAGGGCCGAGUAAGUCUGAGAUACAAUGUGUGGAUAAUGGCGAUGGAUCCUGUUCUGUCUCAUAUGUACCUAAAGAACCUGGUGAAUACAAUGUUGUUGUCAAAUUCGCGGACAAACACAUCCCUGGUAGUCCGUUUGCCGCCGAGAUUUUCCCGAAGGGAACUGAUUUGCGUGAUGUGAAAAGAGAACGGCCAGUCGUGGGCAAACCAUGUGAAGUCAAACUUGAUAUUCCAGAUGUUGAUGUAGAACGUGACUUUGAAAAUCUGAAAGGCACACUAAAGAGGCCUGGAAGCGACAAGGAAGAGCCAGUUGAGUUGACUAAAAAUCCUGAUGGAACCGUUGGUGUCACUUUUACCCCAUAUGAACCAGGUGAGCAUUUGAUCAGCAUAAAGAAACGUGGCAAACAUGUUCAGAACAGUCCAUUCAGCGUUAUGGUCCAAGCCCCUCGCCUUGGGGACCUGUUCUCAUCUGGUCAUCCCGCUGAAGUCGAUCUUAGUAACAUCAAAGGCCUGAAUCCCGAAGACUUUGACAAGCUCACAGCUACACUCCGACGACCCAAAAGCAAAGUUGAUGAAAGUGUCAGACUUAUUAAAUACCCUGAUGAUGCUAUUGGUGUGUCAUUCGUCCCUCGUGAGCCUGGAGAACAUUUCUUAACAGUGAAAAAAGAUGGUCGUCCUAUUCCGGGAAGUCCAUUCUCGAUUCUGGUUGAAUCUGAGGAACCAAUCAAUGCUGUCAGUGCUCCAGUAGACGCAGUUCUUGACCUGCCCGGCCUGAAUCUGCCCGAUGAUUUCAAGAAGCUCAAAGGUACUCUCAAACGUCCAUCAUCUAAGGAAGAAGAACCCUUAGACCUCGUCCUCAAUUCCGAUAACUCCCUUUCAGUAUCAUUUAUCCCUAAGGAGACGGGAAAACAUUUAGUUGGAGUAAAAAAAUUCAACCGCCAUGUUAAUGGUAGUCCUAUACCAGUGAUGGUGACAUCCCCAGAACCCGUGAACCGCGCUGGCGUUCCCUGCGGUGUUGGACUUGAGGAUAUCCCCGUUGAAGACUUGCCCAAACUGGAAGCUGGAAUCCAACGUCCUGGUUCCAACAUCGAAGAACCGAUUCGCAUCAAACAGAAUUCCGAUAAUACUCUAUCCGCGUCUUUCGUACCACACGAAGGAGGACCACAUAAGCUCCACGUACGCAAGGAUAAGAAACCGUUACCACAGAGCCCAUAUAUUGUGGAUGUUAUGGAUAAGGAUAAAGUCGAGGAAGUUCAUCCGGUCGGACGAACGUGUGAUGUUGGUCUGGAUAUUCCUGGUUUGGUAUUACCUGACGAUUUUGAUAAGCUUGAAGCGACAAUCCAGAGACCAAACAGCGACAAAGAAGAACCUCUUAAUCUUGAAUUGUACCCUGAUAACACCCUAGGAAUUUCCUUCGUGCCAUUAGAACCUGGUGAGCAUCUUGUGCGUGUUAAGAAAUCUGGGCAAGACGUUCCCGGCAGUCCUUUUGCGGUCAUGGUAGAAGCUGCUGAGGCCCCGAACGCCGUCGGCAGGCCAUGCGACUGUCUAUUGGAUAUUCCUGAAUUGAACUUACCUGAAGACCUACCAAAAUUGAAAUCGACUUUACGACGACCAGGUUCAGAUGUCGAGGAACCAAUCAAACUGAAAGUUCUGUCUGACAACACUCUUAGCGCUUCAUUUGUUCCCAAAUCUCCAGGCGAACACUUAAUCACGGUGAAGAAGAACAACCGUCACGUGACCGGAAGCCCGUUCCCUGUCAUGGUAACCGCUGCUGAACCUGCAAACCGGGUUGGUCAGCCUGCUGGUGUUGGUUUGGAGAACAUACCUGCCGAAGAUCUGCCAAGGCUUGAAGCUGGGUUACAGCGACCUGGGUCUGAAGUUGAAGAACCAGUCAGAAUCAAACAAAACUCUGAUGAUACCCUUUCAGCGUCUUUCAUUCCGCAUGAGGAAGGUGUCCAUAAGCUUCACGUAAGAAAAGAUAAGAAACCUUUGCCAGAAAGUCCGUACUUGGUGAAUGUUAUCGGCAAGGAUGUCGUGGAAGAGGUGCACCCCGUUGGACGCACGUGCGACGUGGGUCUUGAUAUACCAGGUGUGGUGUUGCCAGAUGAUUUCAAGAAACUAUCAGCAACGUUGCAGAGACCAAGAAGUACAAAAGAAGAGCCGGUUAGUUUGGAACUGAACCCUGACAACACAUUAGGCGUGACCUUUGUACCUAAAGAGCCUGGUACCCAUUGGAUUCGUGUCCGGAAGUCUGGAAAAGAGGUACCUGAAAGUCCAUUCCCUGUCAAGAUUGAACCCACAGAACCCGAAUAUGCUGUCGGUAGUCCUUGCGACGUGCCUCUUGAUGUAGAAAACUUGCGACCCGAGGACUUGCCCAAAUUAACGGCCACUUUGAGGAGACCUGGGUCAAAGGAAGAAGAACCAGUCCACCCCAAGAUAACGUCAGAUGGCAACUUGAGUGUAUCAUUUAUUCCCAAAUCCCCUGGGGAGCACUUGAUCACUGUCAAGAAACGUAACCGUCCAGUACCUGGCAGUCCGUUCUCUGUCAUGGUGACGGCUCCCGAACCUAUCAAUGAGAUCGGUAAACCCUCUUGCGCGCCACUUGAAAACAUUCCAGUGAAGGAUCUUCCAAAACUAGACGCCGGAUUGAUUCGACCUGGAUCAACAGUUGAGGAGCCGGUGACAAUUAAACAGACGUCAGAUGAUAAUCUGUAUGCUCCCUUUAUUCCACACGAGGAAGGACCACAUAAAGUCAAUGUUCGUAAAGAUGGAAAACCUGUGCCCGAAAGUCCGUAUACGGUUGACGUUCCGCCUAAAAAGGAAGAAAAACCAGUAGAGGAGGUCUACCCUGUAGGCCGACCAUGUGAUGUUGGUCUGGACAUUCCUAGUGUGGUACUGCCUGAUGACUUCAAGAAGUUAACUGGAACAUUACAGAGACCAAGCAGCAAGACAGAAGAGCCUGUGAAUUUGGAAUUGAAUCCGGAUAACACAUUGGGUGUCACUUUCGUUCCGAAAGAGCCUGGGGAGCAUUUGAUUCGCGUAAAGAAAUCAGGUAAGGAGGUCCCAGAGAGUCCGUUCGCUGUUAUGGUAGAGCCUGCCCAACCUGAAUAUGCGGUUGGCGCUCCUUGUGAUGUGCCGCUCGAUGUGCCAGACCUUAAACCUGAAGAUUUGCCAAAACUGACAGCUACCCUUAAGAGACCUGGAUCCAACGUUGAAGAACCUGUCCAUCCUAAGAUACUAUCAGAUGGCAGUCUGAGUGUAUCAUUCAUCCCUAAAUCGCCAGGCGAGCACUUGAUUACGGUCAAGAAACGUAACCGUCCAGUACCUGGUAGUCCGUUCUCUGUCAUGGUGACGGCUCCUGAGCCAAAGAACGAGAUCGGUAAACCAUCCAGCGUUCCUCUUGAGAACAUUCCUGUGAAAGAUCUUCCGAAACUUGAUGCAGGUUUACUUCGACCUGGAUCGACAGUCGAGGAGCCGGUGACUAUCAAACAGACAUCGGAUGAUAAUCUUUAUGCACCAUUUAUUCCACACGAGGAGGGACCACAUAAAGUCAAUGUCCGCAAAGAUGGCAAACCUGUUCCAGACAGUCCCUACAUUGUCGAUGUUCCUCCCAAAGGCGAGGAACAACCCGUUGAAGAGGUCUACCCCAUGAGCAGACCAUGUGAUGUGGGUCUCGACAUCCCGAGCGUUAAUCUUCCAGAUGAUUUCAAGAAACUAACUGCAACUUUACAGAGACCAGACAGUAAAAAGGAAGAACCCGUUACCUUGGAACUUAAUCCUGAUAACACACUUGGAGUUACGUUUGUGCCAAAAGGACCUGGUGAGCAUUUAAUCCACAUUCAGAAAUCUGGAAAAGAAAUACCAGAAAGUCCCAUAUCUGUCAUGAUAGAACCUGCUGAACCUGAGAAUGCAGUCGGCAGCCCUUGCGAUGUUCCAUUGGACAUUCCGGGUCUCAAUCUUCCAGACGACCUACCUAAAAUAACAGCUACACUAAAACGACCUGGGUCUAAUGUCGAAGAACCGGUGCAGCCUAAAGUAACAUCAGAUGGAAAUUUGAGCGUAUCGUUUGUUCCCAAAUCCCCCGGUGAGCACUUGAUCACGGUCAAGAAACGUAACCGUCCAGUACCUGGUAGUCCGUUCUCUGUCAUGGUGACGGCUCCUGAACCUAAGAGCGAGAUUGGUAAACCGACCAGCGUUCCGCUUGAGAACAUUCCAGUAAAAGAUCUUCCAAAACUUGACGCAGGUUUACUUCGACCAAAAUCAACCGUUGAGGAACCUGUAACUAUCAAACAGACAUCAGAUGAUACUCUCUAUGCGUCCUUUAUUCCACAUGAAGAAGGCCCACAUAAGAUAAACGUUCGUAAAGAUGGCAAACCUGUUCCAGACAGUCCCUACAUCGUCGAUGUUCCUCCUAAAGUCGAGGAACAACCCGUUGAAGAGGUGUACCCAUUGAGCAGACCAUGUGAUGUUGGUCUCGACAUCCCGAGCGUUAACCUUCCAGAUGAUUUCAAAAAACUUACCGCAACUUUACAAAGACCUGGCAGUAAGAAUGAAGAACCUGUAAACUUGGAACUUAAUCCUGAUAACACACUUGGAGUAACCUUUGUGCCAAAAGAACCUGGUGAGCAUUUAAUCCACAUCCAGAAAUCUGGAAAAGAAAUACCAGAAAGUCCCAUAUCUGUCAUGAUAGAAUCUGCUGAACCUGAGAAUGCAGUCAAUAGUCCUUGCGAUGUUCCAUUGGACAUCCCGGGUCUCAAUCUUCCAGACGACCUACCUAAAAUAACAGCUACACUAAAACGACCUGGGUCUAAUGUCGAAGAGCCGGUGCAGCCUAAAGUAACAUCAGAUGGAAAUUUGAGCGUAUCGUUUGUUCCCAAAUCCCCCGGUGAACACUUGAUCACGGUCAAGAAACGUAACCGUCCAGUACCUGGCAGUCCGUUCUCUGUCAUGGUGACGGCUCCUGAACCUAAGAAUGAAAUUGGUAAACCGACCAGCGUUCCGCUCGAGAACAUUCCAGCAAAAGAUCUUCCAAAACUUGAUGCAGGUUUACUCAGACCUAAGUCUACAGUUGAAGAACCUUUGACUGUGAAAAAAGCAUCAGAUGAUACUCUUUAUGCAUCUUUUAUUCCACACGAAGAAGGUCCGCAUAAGAUCAAUGUCCGUAAGGAUGGUAAACCCGUACCUGAUAGUCCUUAUAUCGUCGAUGUACCGUCCAAGGAUGGCGAAGGUGCUGCACCAGUAGAAGAGGUUCAUCCAGUAGGAAGAACCUGUGAUGUUGGUCUUGAUAUUCCUGGAGUGACACUUCCCGAUGACUUUAAGAAACUAACAGCGACAUUACAGAGGCCCAAGAGCACGAAGGAGGAGCCUGUCAAUUUGGAACUGAAUCCAGACAACACCUUGGGUAUUUCAUUUGUGCCUAUGGAACCUGGCGAGCAUCUUGUCCGUGUGAAGAAGUCUGGCGAAGACGUCCCUGGCAGCCCGUUCGCUGUGAUGGUAGAAGCCGCUGAGGCAGUGAACGCGGUCGGCAGGCCAUGUGAUUGUCAUCUGGACAUCCCUGGCUUGAACCUGCCUGGAGACUUGGCAAAGAUCAAAUCAACUCUGAAAAGGCCUGAUUCCGACACGGAGGAACCCAUAAAACUCAAAGUCCUCCGAUAACACCCUCAGUGCAUCGUUCGUUCCCAGAUCACCAGGCGAACAUUUGAUAAGUGUGAAGAAAUUCAACCGCCAUCUUAGUGGAAGUCC